UUUUCUCUGUUUUUCUUUUUGUAAUAGUUGUGUUAUUUGUUGCAGUAAACCACAAUUGGGCAUGUAGAUCACGGGAAGACUGCUUUGACUGCUGCAAUCACAAAGGUUCUUGCUGAAGAGAGAAAAGCUAAAGCUAUUGCCUUUGAUGAAAUUGAUAAAGCUCCCGAAGAGAAGAAGAGAGGAAAUACUAUUGCUACAUGGGAGCAUUGAGAGAUUCAUCACAGAGUGGAGCAUUGGGAGCAUCUCGUGGUAGUGGUCUGCAUUAUGUUGGGCAUACCACUCCCGCUUUGUUCUAUCUUGCUUUGGGAGGGUCCUUGUUAUCUUAUAUAUACUCUGCUCCACCUCUUAAGUUGGGAAUAGCGAUUGUUUAUAACUUCAAAAGUGUUGAAGGAGACAGAGCAAUGGGCCUUCAGUCUCUCCUAGUAGCUUUUGGCACUGAGGCUGCAAAAUGGAUAUGCGUUAGUGCUAUAGACGUUACUCAGAUCUCUGUUGCCGGUAUGUAGUAUGACUUCUAUUUCUUGUGCUUGAUCUUAUGAACUAGAGGAUCAUUAGUGAAUGUCUAUUCUGGUUGUAGUGUAUCUUGUAGUGAAAGUAUUGUUUUUAAAACUCUUCUCCAAACAAGUGUAAAACAAAUUCUCUCCUUCUCUAUAUAAAAUCAUCUACAUUCCUUCUUUA